AUGGAAGUGAAGAAGUUGUACGAGGAAGCUGGUCAAUUGCAGCUUUUUGAUCAUUGGGAAACCUUGUCUGCCGAAGAUCAGCAGUCCUUGCUAGAGAAUCUGUCGGCUGUCGCUAAGAGAACGACUCCUCAGGAACUUGUCUCAAAGUGUCGAGAUGCUCUUACGCUUUCAGCGGCCAAUGCCAGUGAUGGGACGCAGAUUGAGCCUUUACCAACUACGUCGUAUCAGACAGUCAUUGGCAAUGAAGAAGCUCAGAAAGCGUACUGGAAUUUGGGUCUGGAGGCGAUUGUGAAAGGAGAAGUGGCUGUGAUCUUGAUGGCUGGAGGCCAAGGCACUAGAUUGGGGUCAUCUCAGCCCAAAGGAUGCUACGACAUCGGUCUUCCGUCGGGGAAGUCACUUUUCCAGAUACAGGCAGAUAAGAUACUACGGUUGCAAGAUCUUUCCGGGAGCCAGCAUGCUAUUCCAUGGUACGUUAUGACUUCCGUUCCAACUAGAGCGGCGACCGAAGAAUUCUUCGCGAAGCACAAGUUCUUUGGCUUGAAGCCAUCUCAGGUUACGUUUUUCAACCAGGGAACGCUGCCAGCAUUCGAUCUGGAGGGUAGUAAGCUUCUUCUGGGCUCGCCAACGGAGCUGGUGGCGUCGCCGGACGGAAAUGGUGGCCUUUACCGUGCAAUGAAGGACAACGACCUGUUAAGUGAUUUCACAGCGAAGGGUAUCAAGCAUGUUUACAUGUAUUGUGUGGACAACGUUCUGUCCAAGGUUGCAGAUCCUACUUUCAUUGGUUUUGCGAUCCAGCAUAAGUUUGAGCUGGCGACCAAAGCGGUUAGAAAGAGGGACGCGCACGAAUCGGUCGGGCUGAUAGCUACAAAGCAAGGCAAGCCUUGCGUCAUCGAGUACUCGGAGAUCCCUAAGGAAUUGGCAGAAGCUCAGGAUGGGAGUGGUCUGUUGAAAUUCCGUGCAGCUAACAUUGUCAACCAUUAUUAUUCUGUUGAGUUACUGCAACGAGAGCUCGACAACUGGUGUGCCACUUUGCCAUAUCAUGUCGCUCGGAAAAAAAUUCCUGUCUAUGAUAACAAGACUGGCCAGUUUUGCAAGCCCACCUCGCCUAACGGUAUCAAAUUAGAACAGUUUAUCUUCGAUGUCUUUCCCACGGUUCCGCUGGAUAAGUUUGGUUGUCUGGAAGUAGAGAGAGCUGAGGAAUUUGCUCCUUUAAAGAAUGGUGCUGGCAGCUCAAACGAUAAUCCGGAAACGAGCCGAGUUGCAUAUUUGACUUUGGGAACAUCACGGUUAAAAGCAGCAGGCGCCAAGAUCGCUAGUGGCGUGGACAUCGAAGUUUCUGGGAGAAUGAGUUUCUCCGGUGAGAACUUAUCCCAGUACAGCGGCAAAACUUUCGACAGAAGCGGUGUCAUAAUCGAAAGCGACCCCUUUUUGCUAUGUCAUUGA